AUGAAGGCAGCUCUGCCUUUGCUACUAUGUUUGGUGGCUUUGCUUGUUGCGCCUCAGAUUCUCUCGGGGUUUCCCUUGCCUUCCACUUCCACAGUGCCAGCUUUCCUCUGGUCACCUCAUUACCAUCAAGUGAAGGCAGCCAUAAAUUAUCAGACUAUCUCUCCAAAGGAUUUAGCUAAGUCUGUUCUUUCAGAAGGUGGCUGGUCGAACGUACUGUGCUCUGGAAACAAAUUUCAUCAGCCUUUGGAGCUGGCUCUUGUCUUCGUUGGUAGAGAGUUACAAUCUUCAGAUAUUCCUGCAAACAAACAUGCAGAUCCAGCCCUUGUGGACUUGCUCAAAGGUUCUUUCACAGGAUCCAAUUUCUCAAUGGCCUUCCCAUAUGUUGCUGCACCAGAGGAGGAUGCUAAAGUGUGGGGUGGUGUACGGAGACUCUUAUGGUGA